AAAAAGGGAAAAAGAAACUUAAAAGUUCCCCUCAAAGCCUCGACCUUUCCCUAGAAAACCAAACGGUAGAAAACAACUAGAGCUGAUCACUGCUAUGGUUGUGAUACAAACCAAAGCGGGUCUGUUUUGUUUAUUGUUUUUAGCUAAACAACAAUGGCGGGGAUAGCAAUAUUGCUAGACCUAUACAGGAAAAACCCAAGCUUUUGCUCUCAACAACGCUUCCACUCUUCUGGAUUCUUCUCUGCCUCAGCUGCCGCCGCAUCAGCCGCCGCUACCGUCGUUGCUGGAACCCCUUUUGCCUCCAGGUUCCUUUUUGGGAAUUUGAAUUUGGGUUUUGAUAUUUCCCAAAAUUAUCCGAAAAAGGAAAAUGAAUUUGGGGGAUUUGCACAAGGUCUGGGAAAUCAAAGCAUUGAAGAGGAAACCUGGAGAAGAAGAAGCCAAAAAAAUCUUAGAGAAAAUAGCCAAACAAGUUCAACCCAUUAUGCGUAAGCAUAAAUGGAGAGUCAAGCUCCUCUCAGAAUUCUGUCCGAAUAAUCCAGCUUUGCUUGGGCUGAAUGUGGGAGUUGGCAUCAACGUGAAGUUAAGGCUACGAAGACCGAACCGGGAUUGGGAUUUUUAUCCCUUUGAUCAAGUUCUUGAUACAAUGCUUCACGAGCUUUGCCAUAAUGCUCAUGGUCCUCAUAAUGCUAGUUUUUACAAGCUCUGGGAUGAACUUAGAAAGGAAUGUGAGGAACUUAUGUCAAAAGGAAUAACUGGCACAGGGGAGGGGUUUGAUCUUCCUGGGUGGCGCUUGGGUGGAUUUUCCCGACAACCUCCACUCUUAUCUCUUCGUCAGACUGCAUUAGCUGCAGCAGAGAACAGAGCACGCUUGGGGUCUCUGUUACCUUCUGGACCUAAACGUCUUGGUGGUGACAGCACCAUUAGGGAUGCGCUUAGUCCUAUACAAGCAGCUGCAAUGGCUGCUGAAAGGAGAUUGCAGGAUGAUAUCUGGUGUGGUUCCCAUUCCUCUCAGAUUGCUGGGGAUGAAGAAAGCUGUGCUGAUACUCUGCAGGAUCAUUUGGACUUGGAUCAGGGAGGAGAGAGAUCGAGUAUCAAUGAUGUUUCCAGCAGACAUGCUUUUGGUGGAACCUCUCUUAAACGAAGCCAUGGGCAAGAUAAACCGGAAUCUAGCUUUGUGGAUUUAACUACCCCUCCUGUAUCUAGAUCUUCUAUCAGUGAAGGUGCCAAAUCUCCUAAACGAAGUUGUAAAUCCAAUAAUCUUAUACCUCACCAAUCUAGUUCAAGUGCCACUUCUUCUGCCCCCAUGCUUAAUGAUGAUUCUCCAGAAAAUCAAGGAGUAACUGCGGUGUGGGAGUGCCAAUCAUGCACUUUAUUGAAUCCACCAUUAGCCCCAAUAUGCAAGCUUUGCUGCACGGAAAGGCCAAGAGACAUUGGCACCAAGUACAGAUUUUGGUCCUGCAAGUUUUGCACCUUGAAAAACAGUGUGAAACUGGAUAAAUGCUCAGCAUGUGACCAAUGGAGAUAUUCACAUGGUGCUCCUAUAUCAACUCCAGCUCCCAAUGUUGGUACAUGAGAAGUAAUAUCUCAUCAAUGGCAAUUUGCUUCAUCUUAUUCAAGUCGGUUGAUUUUUCCUUGUUACUGCUCGUGUUACAAGAGAUAGGGAGCAUUUUCAACAGUUGUUUUGGUUGCUUAUUACAAUGCCUUUUUUUGUCUUGGCAGCCCUUUUUUAUUCAUCUUUUGGAUGCUAUUAAAAUGUUCUAUUGAUCCGAGUGAUGAGGGGCGGAUCUGGGUAGAAUCACAUUUUGGGGCAAACUGAUGAUGUUAUUUCGUAAUCUUUUCAAUGUAAAUACCAGCUCCUACCAUACACUCAUUUGUUGUCUUAUUCA